AUGGCUCCCACAGUGGACAUUGUGCAGGAUGUUAACAAUCUAAGUAUCAAUAAGGAUAAGAAGAAGAUAGCCGGGAGGUGUGACAUCGAACUGGGGGACGUUACGCAGCAUAAUGUUUUGCAAUUGAAACGUUUAAAUCAGAAUCUCUUCCCUGUAUCCUACAAUGAUAAGUUCUACUCAGAGAUACUGAACGCUGGUCAAUUGGCAAAGUUCGCCUACUUCAAUGAUGUCAUUGUGGGAGCUGUUUGUUGUCGCUAUGAUACUCAUGAAGGACGAAAGUCUUUGUAUAUCAUGACUUUGGGGACUCUUGCACCUUACCGCCAAUUGGGUAUUGGAACGUUGUUGUUGAAGCAUGUGCUCGAUAUUGGAGAAAGCGAUAGCAGUAUCCACAACUUAUUCUUACAUGUACAGGUCAACAAUGAAACUGCCUUAGCGUUCUAUAAGCGAUAUGGAUUUGAACUUGUUGGUGUUGCCGAGAAAUAUUAUAAGAGAAUCAACCCAGACAAUGCGUACAUACUUGUCAAAAAGAUGAGAAACUGA